AGGACGGUCGACUUCGGCGGGGCCCAGGUGAGAAAGGCCCACCUGUGUCCUGUUUGAAGGUCUUCAGGGUUCUUUGGGGCCCGAGCAUCUUGACUAUACUGUGCCUGGAUGUAUCUGUGUGUUUUGCCAAUGGUGGCAGAGUCUACAUAGAACUAUGCUUCGUGGUGUUCUGGGGAAAACCUUUCGACUUGUUGGCUAUACUAUUCAGUAUGGCUGUAUAGCUCAUUGUGCUUUUGAAUACGUUGGUGGUGUUGUCAUGUGUUCUGGACCAUCAAUGGAGCCUACAAUUCAAAAUUCAGAUAUUGUCUUUGCAGAAAAUCUUAGUCGACAUUUUUAUGGUAUCCAAAGAGGUGACAUUGUGAUUGCAAAAAGCCCAAGUGAUCCAAAAUCAAAUAUUUGUAAAAGAGUAAUUGGUUUGGAAGGAGACAAAAUCCUCACCACUAGUCCAUCAGAUUUCUUUAAAAGCCAUAGUUAUGUGCCAAUGGGUCAUGUUUGGUUAGAAGGUGAUAAUCUACAGAAUUCUACAGAUUCCAGAUACUAUGGACCUAUUCCAUAUGGACUAAUAAGAGGACGAAUCUUCUUUAAGAUUUGGCCUCUGAGUGAUUUUGGAUUUUUACGUGCCAGCCCUAAUGGCCACAGAUUUUCUGAUGAUUAGUAAUCAUUUAUUCUUUUGACUUGAUUAUUGUCUCCUUUUCAUGUGAAUUUAUUACUCCCGUUGAAACCAUGUACUAAUAAACUAUUUGCUAUUCA